CUUCACUUUUGACUUCAAUAUUUUGUAUUGUUAUAUAUAAAUUUAAACAAAUUACCAUAUUUUCAACCACCAAACAAUCAUAGAGCAACACAGAUACUUUCUUUAUUGAACAACAAUUUUUCCUUAUUCUUCUAUACUAAGAAUGGACAUCUUUGCCAUCAUCUUCUACAUUAUUGCAGCAUCAAUUUUGCUGAUCAUCACACUAAUUUCAUGCCUAUACCUAAGAAUCUUCGCCGGAAAAUCGGUCGGCAACCGGAGCUACCCUCCGGUCACCGGAACCGUUUUUGGCCAACUUUUCUACUACAACACUUUGUACGACUACCAAACGCGCCUUGCCCGGAAGCACCGGACCUCUCGACUACUUGCGCCUGACAUAAGCGAAAUAUACACGACUGAGCCGAAAAACAUCGAGUACGUAUUGAAAACGAGCUUCGGCAGCUACACUAAGGGCAGAUACAAUCAGGAACUAUGGAGUGACCUGUUUGGGAAGGGAAUAUUAGUUGUGGAUGGCGAAAAAUGGCGCCAGCAGAGGAAACUGGCCAGCCUCGAGUUCUCGACUCGCGUCCUCAGAGACUUCAGCUGCUCGGUUUUCAGGAAAAACGCGGCAAGAUUGGUUGGGGUCGUUCGCAAAUUUUCCGAGGAAGGCCGAGCUUUUGAUGUGCAGGCUUUGCUGAUGAUGUACACACUGGAGUCGAUAUUCAAGGUAGGUUUUGGAGUCGGUUUGGAGUGCCUAAACGGGUCGAACGCAGAUGGGAAUCGAUUCAUCAAGGCCUUUGACGACUCGAGUGAGUUAGUGUAUUGGCGUUAUGUCGACCCGUUUUGGAAGAUCAAGCGAUACUUCAACAUCGGUGGGGAAGCCACUUUGAAGAAGAACAUCGAGUUUAUUCACAACUUUUUGGACAAAGUGAUCAAGAACAAGAGACUAGAAUUGGAGAAGGGACAGCAUUUUAACAACAAAGAGGACAUACUUUCGAGAUUCCUUGUCGAGAGCAAGAAGGAUCCUGAGACGAUGUCAGAUCAAUAUUUAAGGGACAUUAUUCUAAGCUUUAUAAUCGCCGGCAAAGACACAACUGCAAACACUCUAUCUUGGUUUAUUUACAUCCUCUGCAAGUAUCCAACGAUUCAAGAAAAAAUCGUGCGAGAAAUCGAGAAGGUGAUUAAUGUUUCUCCUUCUCCACACGGCACUAAUGAAAUUAGCGUUGAUGAAUUUGUCCAAAGCAUUACAGACGAAGCACUUGACGAAAUGCAUUAUCUUCAUGCAACGUUGACCGAGACUUUGAGGCUAUACCCUGCUGUCCCUGUGGAUGGAAGGUGCGCGGAAAAAGACGAUACUCUCCCGGAUGGAUUCAAAUUGAGAAAAGGCGACGGCGUAUAUUACAUGGCGUAUGCUAUGGGCCGUAUGGCGUAUUUAUGGGGAGAUGAUGCUGAAGAGUUUAAACCCGAAAGAUGGCUCAAAAACGGGACUUUUCAACCCGAGUCACCGUUCAAAUUCGUUUCUUUUCAUGCUGGCCCAAGGACUUGUUUGGGAAGGGAUUUCGCGUAUCGGCAGAUGAAGAUAGUAUCUGCAGCUCUCUUGCAUUUCUUCAAGUUCCGAUUAAGUGAUGAGUGCAAGCAAGCCCGAAAGCCCGCGAAGCUCCCUCGGGGCCCGUUUCCCUGGCCCAUCAUCGGUAACAUCCUCUCCCUCGGCCCAAAACCUCACCAGUCCCUCGCCAGGCUGGCCAAAAAACACGGGCCCGUGAUGUCCCUCAAGCUCGGAGCCAUGACAACUGUCGUCAUAUCCUCGCCUGAGACUGCCAGAGCCGUGCUCCAGCGACAUGACCUGGCACUUUCCAGCCGGAAAAUCCCGGCCGCCGGCCGGACCUUAGGCCAAGACCAGUUCUUCAUUACGUGGCUCCCUGUGGGCGGGCCCUGGCGCAAGCUCCGCAAGAUAUGCAAGGAGCAGAUGUUUUCGGGCCCACGGCUCGAAUCGGGCCAGGGCCUGAGGAGGGAGAAGUUGGGCCAGCUGUACGAUUUUGUGGCGUCGUGCCGCGAUUCGGGCCGGUCCGUGGAUGUUGGGGAGGCCGCGUUCACCACGUCCUUGAACUUGAUGUCGGCCACGCUCUUCUCGAAGGAGUUCGGCGGGUUCGGGUCGGGCUCGACUCGUGGGGUCAGGGAGGUUGUCACGGGCGCGAUGAGGUGCCUCGGGAGCUCGAAUCUUGUGGACUUUUUCCCGGUUUUGAAACGAGUCGACCCGCAAGGGAUCCAACGGGACGCGGAUUACUAUUACGGGAAGCUGUUCGAGAUUUGCUAUGGGAUUGUUGAGGAGAGGUUUCGACAAUGUAGGGGCGAAAAGGACGAUUUGCUCGAGUCGCUCGUUGAUCUUCAUCUCAAGGGUGACUUGAGCAAGGAUGAUAUUCGUAAUCUCCUACCGGAAUUGUUGGUUGGCGGCACGGACACCAUAUCGAGCACGGUGGAAUGGGUGAUGGCGGAGCUCCUACGCAACCCUUUGAAGCUAACGACGCUCAGAAACAAAAUCAACGGAGAAAUCGGCGCGCAGUUAGUUCAAGAAUCGGACAUCUCGAACCUCCCUUACUUACGAGCCGUGGUCAAGGAGACUUUCCGACUUCAUCCACCCGCACCCUUCUUGGUUCCUCGUGAGGCAAGCGCCGAUGUCGAGGUGAACGGCUAUAUCGUCCCUAAGGGUGCGCAAGUCUUGAUCAACGUUUGGUUCAUCGGUCGGGACCCCAACGUGUGGCCCAAGGCGGAUGCCUUCUGGCCCGAGCGGUUUUUGGGAGAGUUUGAAGUCGACUUUAGAGGUAAUGAUUUCAAGCUGAUACCGUUUGGGGCUGGCAGGAGAAUGUGUCCUGGCUUGCCCCUUGCGCAUCGUAUGUUGCACCUCAUGAUUGCGACGUUGGUGGGGGGAUUCGGGUGGCGGCUCGAGGGAGGGGUCGACCCGGGAGAUUUGGAUAUGGAUGAGAAGUUCGGGCUCUCGGUCGAGAAAGCCGUGCCUCUCAAGGCGGUCCCCGUGGACAUGAGGUCAUAA